AUGAAGUCACCAGCCCAAAGCCCCUUGUGGUGGGUGGUGAUGGAACCGUCAAAGCAGUUUUCUCUUGGCCUUUCCUUUGUGGGUUUUCUUAGACUCACUGUCAAGCUUUCUAAUGUUGGUUCUUUUUUUCACUUUUUCUCCUCGGUGUUAGUGAUACUAGAGAUGAUAGCAAACAAUUUUGGUCCAAAAGCAAGUCAUGGCUACCAUGUGCAAAUACAAGCGACUCGUCGCCAGGAAGGCAUGGGGAAGCUUCCAGGCUUGUCCCCGGAGAGACUGCCCUGUGGCUCAAGUCUCCUCCCAGAACAAGGGAAGCACGGCUGGCCAGUUUGCUCACGUGCCACACCGCUGGGGAUUGUUUUUAGUUCUGUUUAG